CUAAUACCGUGUGGUAGUAAUAUAUCAAAAUGGACGGAAAUAAAGAUGAAGCAAAUCGUUGUAUUGAUAUUGCAAUAACUGCACUUACCGAGGGAAAAAUUGAAAAAGCUGAAAAAUUUUUACAUAAAGCUGAAAAAUUAUAUCCCUCCCAGAGGGCUAAGGAUGUUCUUUCUAAAGUAAAGAGCUUCCCAACAAAUGGAAGGAAAAAUUCUUCAGCUGAUGCUCAGGCAGAAGGUGUUCGCAAGCGCAAGCUUUCCGACUCUAAGCCUGCCGAGCCGGAAUAUUCGAAUGAACAAUUGGAAGCAGUGAAAAAAAUCAAAAAAUGCAAAGACUAUUAUCAAGUUCUAGGUGUUACCAAAGAAUCAACCGAUUCAGAAAUUAAAAAAGCUUACAAAAAACUUGCACUCCAGCUGCAUCCGGAUAAAAAUAAGGCUCCCGGAGCCGUUGAAGCAUUUAAAGCUGUUGGUAAUGCAGCUGCUGUUUUAACUGAUGUAGAAAAACGUAAAGCUUACGAUUUGCAUGGCAUCAAUGAACCUUUUAAUCCACACGGAGGUGGCAAUAAUACACCAGCCGGCAUGAAUCGAACAUAUUAUACAAAUGAUUUUGGAUAUUCUCGUAAUUUCCAAGGCGAUGUUACAGCUGAAGAAUUGUUUAAUAUGUUCUUUGGUGGGGGCAUACCACAACAGAAUAUGUAUAGACAAAGACGUCAGCGGGCUGAAACGCAAAGAGGUGAAAGAGAGAACCAAUCUAGUUCGUCGGCGUUGAUCAAUCUUCUACCCAUUUUGUUGUUAAUUGGACUAAGCAUGAUGUCUUCAUUUUUCAUAUCAGAUCCGAUCUACAGUCUUCAACAAUCACACAAAUAUUCAGUAAAACGUGAAACAAAUGCCUUAAAAAUUGCUUACUAUGUAAAAGACAACUUCUAUUCGGAGUACCAAGGUUCGGUUGGACGUUUAGAGGCAUCUGUUGAAGAAGAUUUUCUCAAUCAUCUUAAACAUUCGUGUAGUAGGGAACGAAAUUAUAGGGACGGAAUGUUGGCCAAAGCAAGAGCAUUUGGAGAUCGUGAUUUAUUUAGAAAAGCGCAAAGCAUUAAUACACCAUCUUGUGAAAAUUUACAAAAAUAUCUAAACGCGUAGCUUGGUUUAAAACAUUCGACACUUUAAGCUGUUUUUAAAUAAAAAAAAAAGAAUAUUAUAUCACUCUGAAUGAAAUCUUAGAAAAAUUAUAGCAAAUGAAAACAGUAAAAAAAACAGUUAUACUAUAUACAAAAUAAUUAUAUUUCUUAUUAAACCAUCUUGAGUUUAGACGUGUCUUGUGUUUGAAAGUGUAUUUUUGUUAUUUUGUUUGCUUAUUUACAAUAAUGUUGUAUACAUUUAUGUAUUUUUUUUUUUAAUUUUUUACAUUAAAUUUAAUUUGAGUGCACUGCUCUAUUAAUAUUGGGAUAGCAAA